AUGGCGCUCACCUUUGCGUUUCAGGUCCAGCACAGAGAAACUCAUAAAAGAAGGCAGAAGAUUGUGAUUCCUGCCAAUUAUUGGGUCGGCUCGCCGUGCGGGCUGCACGGACCGUACAUUUUCUACAAGGCGUUUCAGCUCCACCUGGACGGCAGGGCGCGGAUCCUCUCCCUGGGCGAUUUUUUCUUGGUGCGCUGCCGGCCCGAAGACCCCCUUUGCGUAGCCGAGCUGCAGCUGCUCUGGGAAGAACGGAGCUCCCGGCAACUUUUAUCCAGCUCCAAACUUUACUUCCUCCCGGAGGACACUCCCCAGGGCCGGAGGAGCGACCACGGCGAGGAUGAAGUCAUUGCUGCUUCAGAAAAAGUAACCGUGAAGCUCGAGGACUUGGCCCAAUGGGCCCGGACAGAUAUCUCCAAGUGGAAACGGGGCGUCCGGGAUGAAGCCUUCACACCUCCAGAACUGAGCAAAGAUGGCCAGAGGGAAGCCCUAAGCAGGUUCCGGCAAUCCACACACAACAGUGGCCUCAAUUUCAAGGAUAUUUUGAAGGAAAAAGCCGACUUGGGCGAGGAGGAGGAAGACGUCAAUGUGCUGAUCCUCAGCUACCCCCAGUAUUGCCGCUAUCGCUCCAUGCGGAAACGGAUCCAUGGCAAACCGUCCUCGGUGCAAGCAGACCAGUUCGUCUUAGCCCUGGGAGGCGUUGCAGCCAUCGGUCAACGGUCCCAAAUCCUCUACUGUCGCGACACGUUUGAUCACCCCACACUUGUCGAAAAUGAGAGCGUGUGUGAUGAAUUUGCUCCCAACCUCAAAGGACGACCACGGAAGAAAAAGUCCGGCAACCCACAGAGAAGAGAUUCGUUCAGCGGCAAUAAAGAUCCCCAGAAUAAUUGUGAAGGCAAAACUGUGGCCAAGGUAAAAUGCGAGGCUAGGUUACCUUUGUCCAAAACCAAAAAUAACAACAGCAACUGUAAAAAGGGCUCCAACGAGAAUAAAUCCAAGAUUUCUGUUCGCGAGGAAUGCAGAGCAGAUGAGCAGGCCUUCCUCGUGGCACUUUAUAAAUACAUGAAAGAAAGAAAAACGCCCAUUGAACGAAUACCCUACCUCGGUUUUAAGCAGAUUAACCUUUGGACUAUGUUUCAAGCUGCUCAGAAACUGGGAGGAUAUGAAACAAUCACAGCCCGUCGACAAUGGAAACAUAUUUAUGACAAAUUAGGUGGAAACCCCGGGAGCACCAGUGCAGCCACCUGCACACGCAGACAUUAUGAAAGAUUAAUCUUGCCCUACGAAAGAUACAUUAAAGGGGAGGAAGAUAAGCCGUUGCCACAGGUGAAGCCUCGGAAGCAAGAGGUCGCUCAGGAGGUGGAGAGUAAGAUAAAACUGGCGGGCACAAAGCGCAUCAAGCAUGAAAACGUGAAGAGCAAGAAGGAGCGAGAGGAGGCACCAAAGCCCCAGGACCCAGCAGAGGGUUCAUCAGCCAAAGAGAAGAAUCAGGAAUGCCCGUUGCAGAAAAGCUUAUCGGACCUGACUGCAGCAGAAGCCAUGAAGCUCUCCGCCGAAGGGUCUCGGCUGUCCCCUCCACCAGUCCCCGGAGUGGCCUUCUUGGAAGAGGAGGAGCCUCUGGCUGAGGCGUCUCUGGUCCCCCCCGAAGCCCUGAUCAGAAGCCCCCCGCUGGAGGAGCUGCAGGAGGAACCCAAGCAGGAACCACGGGGGGUGUCCUGUGUUGCAGAAGACCUUCAGGAGGAGGCCCAGGCAAUGCCAUUCAGCAGCUUCCCCGGCCUCCAUCUUCCGAGUCAGAACGAGCUGGAAGAUGAUAAGAUCCCAGAGAUGGCGGACUACAUUGCCAACUGCACAGUGAAAGUGGAUCAGCUGGGCAGCGAGGACAUCCACAGUGCCCUGAAGCAGAGCCCCAAAGUGCUGGUGGUGCAGAACUUCGACAUGUUCAAGGAGAAGGAGUUCCCGAGCUCCUUCAAUGGGGACCCUGGGUUUGGUUCCACCCCGUUACUCUACUCCAAGGGCAACCCGGGCAUCAUGUCCCCUCUGGCGAAAAAGAAGCUCCUCUCCCAGGUGAGUGGGGCAGCCCUGUCCUGCAGCAACUACCCGUACGGCUCCCCACCACCCCUGAUCAGCAAGAAGAAGUUCAGCAGCAAGGACGACCUCUUGUCUGGCAGGCCAGGACUGCUGUCUCCCAGGCACUCGGUGGACAGUGCCGCGGUCAGCAGGCCAUCGGUCAUCCAACACGUGCAGAGUUUCAAACCCAAGACUGCAGAGGACAGGAGGCCCACUCACGAUGCCUACCGGCACGAAUCCCUGCAUAAGAAACCAGACUCUGAAUGUUGCGAUUUUUCCAAGCAGCACUUGAGUGCCCUGGCGGAGUCCUACGCGCUGAAGUCGGACAUCCAGGACAUGAAGGAACGAAUGAACGAGAGGAGGGUCCUGCACCACUCGCACGUGCCAGGCUUCUUGGCAGACUUCUACGCCUCCCCUCCCCUCCACAGCCUCUACAGGCGUGCCGAGCACCACCUGGGGGGCCAGCCAUGCUCCAAGUACUUCCCCCGAGAUGCCUACGGGGGAAAUGCAGCCGGGUUCCCUCCCCAUAAGCCCCAGGACAGGCGACUCCUCAGCUACCACCCGCCUCUGCACCAGCUGGAGAACAAGACCCCCCGGGAAACCUCUUCGGACGAUCAGCCCACAGACCUGAGUCUUCCCAAAGGGGGGCACAAACAGACCACAAAGACCUUGGGAGCCCCUCUCUUGCGGGGUUCGCCCGGGGGGGUGGAGGAGGGCAAAAGCUCCACCCGGUUCCACGCCUUGACCAGCCAAACUCUAAGUGCGGAGGGCAACCCAAAGGCUUGUCGGGUCUCCCCAAUGACGGUCUCUGCCCCAAAGAAACAGGGGGAGCCCCUCCUGAGGGCCUGCAAGCUGCCAGCCCCGAGAAAGUUAGACGGGAUGGUACACCCGGUCCUGAGCCGCAAAGCCUUGGCUCCGGGCGUCGGGGCAGCUCGCCCUCUGAAGCGCAGCCUGGAGGAUCUGGACAAAGGCCUUUUGGAGAAGAAGGUCCGAGCAGUCUCGCCCUUGCGCUUACCAAAGGAAGCCCCUUCCAAAGAGCAGGAUGUGGAGGGCAGCAAGUCACUGCAUGGCCCACCCCCAGGCGGGGCGCUGGAGGGCCACAAGUUCCCCCUCUCUAGCCCCAUCUUCACAGGCUUGUACCCAGGGACCCUCUGCGGCGGCCUGGGCAGCCGCAUGCCCGCGGCCGGCUAUUCCCACCCCCUGCAGUACUUGAAAAACCAGGCCGCCCUCUCCCCGCUGGUGCAGCCCUUCGCUCUCCACUCGUUCAUGGUGCACAGACAGUUCCUCACCUCCCCAGGCAGCUCUCAGCAGCUUUACCGGCACUUGGCGGCAGCCUCCCCCGUGGGCAGCUCCUACGGGGAUCUUUUGCACAACAGCGUUUAUCCUUUGGCAGCUCUGAACCCACAGCCUGCUUUCCCCCCCUCCCAGCUCUCUUCUGUACACCCGAGCACAAAGUUGUAA